AUGAGUAAAAGCCAAGAUGAACUUCCUCACGAACUUGAGAACCAGUUCAUAUUGCGCCUUCCCCCAGAACAUGCUUCAACUGUCAGGAAGAUCAUACGUUCUGGAAAUGCCGCCAUGAGAGAUAAACUAAAAAUUGACUUGUCUCCUGAUUCACGGCAUGCUAUUGUUCAGGUAGAUGAUGUUUCACUGUCUGCCAAAGUUGUUGAUUUGCCUUGUGUUAUUGGAAGCCUGAAAACGCACGAUAGGAAGACCUUUUAUAAAACGGCCGAUGUUUCCCAGAUGCUUUUGUGCAGUGCCGAGGGCGAUCUCCACUCUUCGCCAGAAGAACCAGCCACUUCUGCUGGUGCUACUGUAAUGGGAAACGAAAGGGAAGCAGAGGAAAAGUAUAUCUGGAAGCACGGCAUUACUCCACCACUUAAGAAUGUCAGAAAGAAACGGUUUCGGAAACCAACAAAAAAGCCCCCUGAUAUGAAGCAAAACGAAGAAAGCUCUAGUGGUUACAUUGAUUCUAAAGACGUGGAGAAGGAAGUGAAGAGGCUGCUGCGCUCAGAUGCCGAAGCCAUCAGCUGCCGAUGGGAAAUCACUGUUGAUGAUGAAACCAAGGCAGUACAAAGUCAAACUUGUACUCCUCAUCUUCCAUUACCCUCUGAAAUAGGUGGCCAUACCUCAUCAGCAUGUGAUAUGCCUCAGAGCACAUUCAGUGAUUCUAGCAGUGGCAAAGAUGAUCAAGAGAAUAAAGAGGAGGAGGAGGAAGAAAAAGAGGAGGAUGAAGAGGAAGGGGAGGCUGAAGAGGAGGAAGAGGAAGAAGAGGAAGAGGAGGAGGAGGAGGAGGAGGAGGAGGAGGAGGAAGAUGAUUCUGAAGAAGACCUGGAAAGAGAGCUACAAGCCAAGUUUAUUGAGUUUAGCUUGUGCGAAGCUAAAGAAAGUAGCAGUUCAAUAAUUCUGGGAAUUCAGAAGCUGAUUCAUUCCAAGGAGAGAAAACUCCAAGAGAUUCAGGGCAAAGCACAAAGACAGAAGGAUCUCCUCAGAAAAUUGGAAAACCUAACCCUCAAGAGUCAUUUCCAGUCUGCGCUGGAACAGCUCAAGUUACAGGAGAAGCAGAAGGCUGAGCAGAUCCUUUUUCUACAGCAACAACUGAAGUAUUUUUUGAAGAAGUAA